AUGGUGAGUCUGUUAGAUCUCAUCUCCACCGCCACCUACAUCAACCAAACACUAUCUGUUACAUUCAAGCGUAGGAAUGGAGGACGCAAUAAGCACGGCCGUGGACACGUCAAGUUCAUCCGCUGCUCCAACUGCGGCAAAUGCUGUCCCAAGGACAAGGCAAUUAAGAGGUUUCUCGUGAGGAACAUUGUGGAGCAAGCCGCCGUUAGGGAUGUUCAAGAGUCUUGUGUUUAUGAUGGCUAUGUCUUGCCAAAACUUUACGUCAAGAUGCAGUACUGUGUCUCUUGUGCUAUUCACUCCCGUGUUGUGAGGGUCCGCUCCCGCUCUGAGCGCAGGAACAGAGAGCCUCCACAGCGUUUCCUUAGACGCAGGGAUGACAUGCCAAAGCCUGGUCAGCCUGGUCAAGCUCCUCGUCUUGCUGGGGCAGCUGCUGCUCGUACCUAG